AUGGUUCUGUUAAAGAAAUUAAACUCUCUUCUGACAUUUGUUUGGUGUUUGGCAGGAAAUGAUCAUCUUACCAAAGCCAUUGCAUUUUCGGGCCCUGAGUUAUGUUUGCUUGCCUUGGAAGGUCUUUGCAUUUCAUCUUACAUUGCUGACAAGGAUGAUGCAGCUGCUCUUCAGCUGGAUGAGAUUUACCAGGUUUGUUUUCUUUAUUCUACCGUGUGUAAUCAAAUGUCUCUAUCUGCUCUCACAGUUGACCAUCAUCACCAGAUGUUUUUGGAGAGGAUGGAACUAGAGAAGAAGAGAAUGCAGGAUAGAAUGGUUUACAGUGAGAAUGAUAAUAUUGAAAAUAGAUCUGCUGCAUGCUGUAUUUUUCGCCCAGAGAUUGUGGCUACAGGGUUUGGAUUUAGCAGUUGGAUGGAGAUAUAUUCUAUUGCUAGAAGUGAAAGUAGUUCGUUAGAUGUAGAGUUACUUGCUGUACUUCAGCACCUCUUGGUGGCACAAUCUACUGAACAUAAGGAUCUUUUGGAUAUUCGAAAUCUGCUUAAACCUGCUCUAGAGUAUUCCUUAUCCUCAACAAGACCUCCACAGACUCUUGUAGCUCAUCAAAAACUACUGUGGGCAAUUGAUGCCCGUGCCUCUGUCCUCCGGGUGGACACCAAAAUUGCUGGUUUUGUUCUCGAAAUGUGGUACUGGUGGCAUUCUGUUUUGUGGAAAAAUUGUCAAAUCGGUCUCAUGAGUAUCUCAGAGAUCGGUAACUGUCGGAUUAUGUCGCCUUCUAUGCUGAUUCAGCCUGUGAAAACAGCUACCAUUGAUCAGAUUCUGAUAAACUACAACAGCAUAAGAUAAAAAGGAUAGGUCUUCAAAAGAAGAAGAUGACAGCGAACUCAAGACGGUGCUUGAAUGCGUUAAUGUAGCUUUCACGACAUGGUCGGACAGCAAAUAAAUAGUCACCUUAAAUUGUGACGUUGACAUCCAAUCAGCACCUCGGAAAUUUCUUUCUGCUUCACGAGUUCUAUGGAAAAGCGCACAAUCCUACCAAGAAAUGCCUGGUUCCUUACUAUCAAUAGCGCGUUCCCUUUUCCAACAGGUACGGAGUCGUGAUACGCUUUAAUAUUAUAAUCUGUUUCUUUUCACACUGAUUUUGAUCAUGA